CUCGAUUAAGGUGAAGCCAACUGGCGUGAAUCAGAUGGUUAACUGGAUCUGAUGGCUUGAGAUGUUCUUCGGGUAGGUGCUUUUACCAGCUUCUCGCUGUGUCUUUCCUUAGAAGUGACGAGGCAGGAACCGGAAUCUGGGAUCUCUCAGCUAGAUAAAGGACGUAUUAAAUCUUAUCCCGUGAGUGAUUGGAAGUCGUUGUGCAGUCAGAAGUCAGAGUUUCAGACUGAAAGUAAUAUGGGAAAGAUCGUGUUCAGGAAAAGGUUUCGAUUUCUCUCUGAAGCAAGCAUGAUAUCCCACCCAUUUCCUGAACAUGAAAAUUGAACUGGGAUUAAGAUUGUGUAUGUGCUCCAGGGAGCACAUCAGCCCCCACACAAGAGAGGAAACUUAGUGUAUUUCUUUGGGCGCCUGAAGUUGACAAAAAGGGGAAAGUUGCCUAGAAGGGAAGUGUGACGGUAUUAGAAAGUGGAUGUAAGUGUGAAGAACGUGGAACAAGAUCGACACAAUUAGUGUGAAAGUAAAACUAAUUGCAUCCACAACCAAGCAGGACGAUUAAUGGAUCCAGAAGUUGAGAUCCUUCUGAAGAAAGCUGUCUCCCAUCUGAAGAUGGGAAAGAUUGUUUUUACAGUUUUUAUUCUCCACCCUUAGUAAAGAUGCAAACCACUAAACUUGAGAUCUAAAUUGAGGGGGAAGUAAAUCCGAGGAGACUGUUGAAAAAAAUAUGAUCGAGCCUUGUGCUUCCUUUACAUUUUAAGGGUAAUAGUCAACAAUAUCCUGGCAGUUCUUUGUAUGUUUUCUCCUCAAAUUAGGAAAAUGUUGUGUAUUCAAAAGGAGGAGAGUGUCAAUUUGGGUAAUGCAAAGCAAUUUUCAUUUUUCUGCUUGCUGCUGGUUCCAGUUACCAUAUCAUGUUUUCAUAGUAAUAUGGAUGAAGAAAUAGGGAAAGAGCUCAUGAAGCUUUGUGAAUGACACUGAGUUGGUUCUAGUGCAUUGCAAGGUUAACUCCUAACAAGGACCAUAGCCACUGAAAAUGUGGUUAAAUGCACUUAACAUGAUUAGAAUUUUAAAUGCCCUUGUUGAUUGAGAGAAAUAAACCAGUAAAUUCCAUGAGAAAGAAAUAUAACCAUUGAAAUGUAAAAUGAAUAAAUACUAAUAAAAAAGAACCAACAUUUAUGUAGUGGACUCUAGGUUGAAUGGGAGUUGACAAAAAGGGGAAAGUUGGAUAUGCUGCAUAUCCAAAAGUUAAUAUGAUCUGGCUGCAGAGUAACCUCAUUCUACUCAAUCAUGAGUAGAGUGCAGGAUUUAUGUUGCUAUUUCAGGAUGAGUAUCAAAUGGGAAACAGAUAAGUGAAAGCAAUGAAAAUUAUUUAAUGGCUUGAAAAAUACAGUGUAAUAAUGUGACAAAAAUAUUACUACAGCUUUCACCAUUAUGCCAUAACAACAUAAUGGGAGACUGUCUCCUUACACUGUAUAUUUUCAUAAUGCUAUUGUUGCUUUGAACAUUUUAUAAAUUCCCCUGUUAGAAAUACCUCCAGAAUCUUUGUAUGCAUAUCCUUAAAGAUAGCAAAUCUUUUUUCUGUACACACACACACACACACACACACACAUACACAUACACAUCUCAAAAGAUUGAUUUAGGGGCUGGGGCUGUAGCUCAGUGGCAGAGCACUUGCCUAGUGUGUGAGAGCACUUAGCACCACAUGAAAAUAAAUAAAGGCUUUCUGUCCAUACACAACUACAAUUUUUUAAAAUAAUUGAUUUAGUAGAAACAGAGACCACUCAAAAUCAUAUACUAUGAAUAGGUGAGAGCUCACAAUGGGAAGUACCUCUUGGGGUACUUAAAGAUUAGGUGGAGCUGGAAAGCCAGGAGAUUGAUUUACUCCUUGAGACCUGUGUACCCACUGGUUGUGAACAGUUGUGAAAGAGGAGUUCGAGAAAUGCUUUGCAUAACCACAGCAAUACUGGAAUAAGUCAUUUCUAGCCUUCCAAGGCAGCUAUUUGGAAGAACUGUUCUUAUUCAUUUACAUGAACUUUGGAAUUUUUGUUUUUGAAAAAUUAGUCAUGAAGGGAUGGGGAUGUAGCUCAGUGGAAGAACCCUUGCCUAAUUUGCACAAGGCCCAGGGUUCAAUCCAUAACAACGCAAAAAAGAAAAAAUUAGUUAGUCAUGCAACAUUAUAGUCACGCCUCAAAAUCGUACAUCAAGGAAGUAAUAAUUUGAUCUGAAUGAAAAAUAUUCAGGAGUCUUCAAAAAUACCAAGUCUUGUCUUUGAAGAAUAAUUUUCAUUUGCCAUUAAUGCUGGGAUUUAAAUGAUUAGAGAGGAGACCAAUAUGAGUUAGUGUCCAUAUGUCAAAUGCUGUUGUGCUUGCAUGAAAGUAAAAUUCAAAUCCCAGCCUGCCCGGUUCACUUGUCACCUGGCAGUUUUUCUUUUUACCAUAAUGCAUGGUGGAGAGGAAAAGCAGGUCAAUUUUACCACAAGACUGGAGGCAGGUAUCCAUGUUGCAGUCAGGAGGGCAACCACAGUGUUUGCAAAUGAAAGCUAGUGUUGUUUCUUGGCAUGCAAACCUGUGUAUCCUCACUGACUUAUCAGGGUCAAGUUGACUUAAAAUAUCCUUGGGAGGGACUAUGGGAAGUCAACACAGCCUUGCUAGACCAUGGCUAUCCACCCAUCUAUUUCUGUGGUCAUAAUAGGGAGGUUUGGGAACCCAGAUAAAUCCCAGUUUCCUUUUCUAGGCCUCAGAAGCAAGCAUCAGUCUUUAUCUAUAGGGAUAGGCUCUGCAACCCAAAGCAGUGAGAACCCUUCUCAGAACCAUCUGGCUAAGUCCCCACCUGCUUCCAAGCCUCUCAAAAGAAGAUUUAAAGACCCAAGCAAAGCAAACAAUCUCACAAUAGAGCUCAUCUCUGAAUAUGUGACCUUCAGAUUAGCAGCUGAACAUACCCGGAUGCAGAGUCUACAGCCUGACCCAGCUGCCCGUUAUCGAAAUGUGUUGGAGGCCCUCAGGAGGAUUAUAAGAACGGAGGGCCUCUGGAGGCCCAUGCGGGGGCUGAACGUCACAGCAACAGGCGCAGGCCCUGCUCACGCCCUCUAUUUUGCCUGCUACGAAAAGUUGAAAAAGACAUUGAGUGAUAUAAUCCACCCAGGGGGCAAUAGCCAUAUUGCCAAUGGUGCAGCCGGGUGUGUGGCAACAUUACUUCAUGAUGCAGCCAUGAAUCCGGUGGAAGUGGUCAAGCAGAGGAUGCAGAUGUACAACUCACCAUACCACCGGGUGACAGACUGUGUACGGGCAGUGUGGCAAAAUGAAGGGGCUGGAGCCUUUUACCGCAGCUAUACCACCCAGCUAGCCAUGAACGUUCCCUUCCAAGCCAUCCACUUCAUGACCUAUGAAUUCCUGCAGGAGCACUUUAACCCCCAGAGACGGUACAACCCCAGCUCCCAUGUCCUUUCCGGAGCCUGUGCAGGAGCUGUAGCUGCCGCUGCCACAACCCCACUGGACGUUUGCAAAACACUGCUCAACACCCAGGAAUCCCUGGCUUUGAACUCAAACAUUACAGGACACAUCACAGGCAUGGCUAGUGCCUUCAGGACGGUAUAUCAAGUAGGCGGGGUGACCGCAUACUUCCGAGGAGUGCAGGCACGAGUAAUUUACCAGAUCCCCUCCACGGCCAUCGCAUGGUCUGUGUAUGAGUUCUUCAAAUACCUGAUCACAAAACGGCAAGAAGAGUGGAGAGCCGGCAAGUGAAGGAGCGCUGUGUGCAGCCAGGGGUAGACAGCACCGCUGCGGCCUGCCCCCUCCAGCCGUGUUCUCCCUCCUGGCACACUCCAGCCUUGAGUGGAGUUGGGAGGAAGGGAGAGGGCUCUCCCUGGGCUCUCAGUGUUGUGGCUAACACCAGUUCCCGCCAGCCUUGUUGCCUCACCACCUCUCCUCCCAGGCCUUGGGCAAGUGCAGCAGAGCACCCCUCAGCACUUCUGUCAAUCUCCAUCAUGGGCCUGGUGACCCGCUCUAGACUGUUAUAGAGGGCUAAGCAGCACAUUCCCCUGGUUCCUAAUAAAAAGCCUUUAAAUGAAA